UGUCUCAGCAAGUUUUGUCCUCCCUCGUAAGCAUCACAUCUCACACUACUGACCAUGAUUAGUCUUCUUCCCCUUCGAGGAAGAGAGCUAGAGGAAGAGAUGGGGAGGGCUCCCUGUUGCGACAAGGCGAAUGUGAAGAAGGGACCGUGGUCGCCCGAGGAGGAUGCCGAGCUCAAGGCUUACAUUGAAAAGCAUGGAACCAGUGGCAAUUGGAUUGCUCUCCCUCACAAGAUAGGCCUGAAAAGAUGUGGAAAGAGCUGCAGAUUAAGAUGGCUCAAUUAUCUGAGGCCUAAUAUUAAACAUGGUGGCUUCUCUGAAGAGGAAGACCAAAUCAUACUCGGCCUUUACAUCAGUAUUGGAAGCAGGUGGUCAAUUAUUGCAGCACAGCUGCCAGGGAGAACAGAUAAUGACAUCAAGAACUACUGGAACACAAAGCUGAAGAAGAAACUUCUUGGCGACUACAAGCAAAUUAACAGAUCAAAAAUUCCUCCUCAGUACUCGCCAACCAAUUACCAAGAACACUCCAAUUUUCCGGGAGCACACUCAGAAAUCCUAACUCGUGCGUCAGCUGCGGAGGCGAUGCAACUCCAUAUGUACUAUAACAACGAGGAUGAUAAGAGCCGUGCGAUGGUUUGGCCGGUGUACCACCAUGUCGAAGAGAGCCAACUUACCAAUUCGAUCACCUCUGCCAAGUUCGUGCAACAACACGCUUAUCCCAACGAUACUGCGAGUGAAUCAUCUGGUCCAGUUUCUGUCGUCGUCACGAGCGGUUCGACGAUGGGGUUUAAUCCGAUGCAGGAGGAGAAGGAUCAGUUGCUGGAGUUGGACUGCUUCAAGGAAUUGAUAGAGCAGGAAGGCACGAGCUGGUGGUCAAGUGAUGUGGAGGGUUUUGGGGAGAAGGCGGCAGGAGCAGUGUUGAGUUGCUCGGCUGAUUCUUUAUUGCUUGAUCAGGAGUACAUGAAUUUGAUGCUGUGAAGCUUGUUGAUAUUAGAGCACUUUACUUUUGUUCCUUUGAUUAAUUACUGAAAAUUACAUUAAGUUCUUGGUGAAUUUGGAAAUUGUAAAACAAAAUAGAUAGAAAAUAACACCAUUAACUUUC